CUUUGGCAUAUGAGUUCCCCUUGUGAAGCACAACCAGGGAUCGACGACCUUGGCGGAGGAUGAGACAUUUACGCCCGAUAGAUCUACAUCUCGGCCGUCGUUGAGAUGACGGAAUCUGAGACCUGAUCUAUCAGAAAACCUGCACGACCGUUACAUUGGUAGAGAAUGUGGUGUGACGUCUCAUCCAUUCAUUGGGAUCAUCGUUGUUGGUCUUGGAGAACUCAAAAAUGACAUCGUUGUUGGGUAUCUUCUGAUCGGAUUGAGCAAUGUUAAUUAAAUGCGGAGUAUUUUCGGAGACACCAAGGCGUGGCAGUAGACCAUUGAAGUUGUGAUGGCCAUGAGGAAGGUUGAAAGAGCUCCGGAGAAGGAUGAUAUAUGAGGUGUCUGGGCAUCUCACAAGAUGUAUCAUAUUUAAGAAGGUGCCAUCCUGUCGUCAAUCACUUAGCUACCCUCCACUCAGCAGAUUAGAUACAUCAGCCACCAUGAAACAAUUCGCAGCUCUUAUCAUCGCAGCCUUUGCUACUGGCACUCUGGCCGACCUCCACUACACAGGUCUUUGCUAUGACUCCCCCGGCAGUGGCGUAAAAGUCUUCAACAAGGCCGCCACCGAAAAAGCCUGCACAUACUACAAGAACCGCAACACGGGGAGCAAACAAUGGGACCAAUGCCCCGACUGCACACUGCUGAAUGACCAGAGCCUUCUGUAUUAUUGCAAGUCCGAGGGUCAACAUAUCGGAGGCGACGAACUCAAUUAUUACUGUGGUCUGGCUGGCGCAGACGGCAGCCUGGCCUGGUGAUGUGGCGAUAGCUUUAGGUUUUAGAUGAUAAGGAAGCACACAGGGAUAACAAUCCAUCUGACCAAGAAUUAUGCAAC